ACCGAUGUCGAUGGCGAAGCGCUUGGCGUUCUCCAGGUUGCGGAAGAUCUCGUCGGGCGGCAGGGUGAUGCUCUUGUCCAAACUGCCGUGACCGCCGCUCCCUCGCCCGCCCCGCUCCGCCAUUUUGAGCGCAGCCCGCUCCUCGCCGGGGGCUCAUUCGCACUGAAAGCCAGCCGGGAGGCUCUGGAGCAAAGCUGCACGGAGGUGGGCUCGUCUGCUCCCUGCACACCUGGAAGGGUCUGGAAAUGGAAACGCCCGAGAGGGGAAGCGUGUGGCGAGCCAGUUCAUGGACUUGAAAAAAUUGUGCUGAACACCGUUCUCGAAACCCACUGCUGAACCUGAGUGCAAAGGAGAAUUUUUGCAUCUGCUCAUCUAGGAGAGGCACGACUCCAAGUGUGGUCUGGGCAGGUAAUCCAAGUUCUCCCCCAGGCUGGGGAGCUGGCUGCUUUUCAGAGCUGACGAAGCUAAUUAAAACAAAAGUGAGCACUGAGCAUCUUUGCAAAAGUCCCGAAUGGACCACUUGGGUAUAGAAGCACUGCAACCACGAGGCUGUUUGAAAUAUUGGGUUCCUCCUUUCUGCCUCAUUUUCUUCCUUUGUAAAACAUCGCUAAUAAUACAUCCUCAUCUUGCAGAGGAGGUUGCUGAGAAUUCAUUAGCUGGUAUUUGUAAAGCACUUUGAAAAUGCAAAGCCAGUGCAUUAUUCCUGGUCUUCUGGAUGCUUUCCAUGUUAUUAAAAACAGGAUUUCAGAAAGGCUUAUAGGGGAUCAAAACAGCAUCCCAAACUUGAAAGGAAGCACGACUGUUAAACCAUCAACUGUCGCCUCCCCCUCCAGCCAGAUGUUAAGCCCUAAAGAAGUGAAGUGGCACAAGGAAUUACUUUCCCAAGUUCCCCCAGCUGGGCUGACAGGCCUUGAUCAAUGGUUUUCUCCGCAGUGAGUGCUAUGCAGAUGGUCUACCCAGAGCAAGGUUUCUGUGAAGUACAAAGGGAAGUCAAACACCAUUUCUAAUUCAGCUUGUAGCAUGGCACACUUCCUUUAUCCUCCGCCUGAAUGCGGUGAAUAGGGGAGCAGUGUGGGAAACUGGAAGGGACUCCAAACUCACACAGUCUGAGGGGCUGUAAGACACUCCUGUGCUCAGGCCACAUCUGCCUGUGACGCGGAGGGAACAAGAGUGACAGAACGAAAAAUCAGAUUAUAAAAACCUGCGUGAUGCCUGAGGAAAAGGAAAGAAGUGAAGGAAGCUGUGCAGGGAAACAGAAAUCGUGCCAGGCUCGAAGAGGGGACUGCCAACAGCAGCGUGAGGCAAGGCCAGGAGGAAACGGCAGAGGAAUGAGCUGCAGGAGCAGAAUCUUGCUCUUCCACCAGUGAGGCCAAAGAAAAUUGCCCCACUGAAGGCAGCAGAGCGGGUGUCAGCCCACACCAAGGCCCCUGAGCCACAUACUCUGUUGUGCUUCUUUAAUUCCCCAGGUUUGCUUAAUAUGUCCCUGGAAACACAGAUCCUUGCUAUCAGCUGAGCUUCUCCCGAGCUCUUGCGAACUGUUGGAAACAGACCGAGAAGCUUGUCCGGUCCUGAACUGCCCCAGUGUGUUACUCUGAACUGCUGCUUGUUGUAACGUAACCGUAGGGUGUCAUUACAGGGUGGAUUCCCCCCUGCCAGCCUGGGGAUCCUGCUGCAGGUGAGGCAUUGCCACAGUUCAGCUUUGUCCUGAAGAAUAACGCGGUUUUGUUUUGCUGGGACCAUCCACGGGGUCCCUGGCGGACACCAAGCCUCUGCUGCCGUGUCACAGGCACGCUGCCCCCUUUCCUGCACUGCUCAGUCCUCUGUCUUGCUGGUUUUUUACCAAAACCUGGCCUGCCCAAACACGACGGCAAACAUCAGAGCACGUCACGGGUAGGGAUAUGGCAGGGCACGGACCCCUAGCUCCACGUGCCAGCCCGGGGGCUUUCCCUGAACAAGGGUGGAAAUGCCGAGCUCUGGAACACCCCCAGGGCAGGCAGCGUCACCGCACUUGGUGGUGGGAUUCUCCCAUCUCUAUGCGCAGUGCUAAGGACAAAAAGUGACUCUUUUAUGGACCGUGAGGAUGUGGUGAUAGCUGUGUAUGGCCCCUGUACGCUCACCCAGCCUCCUGUUCCUGAGGGGUUGAUGCCUGCCUGCUGGGCGGGCUUGUUACAGGUGGGCCAGGGAACUGCCCCUCAGCCCCGAUGCGUGCUCAGGUGUUGGCCAGGAACUGCAGGAGCCGGGCUUGGCUUUUAAGAGAAUUAGCUCGGAUUUUAUACCAGUAACACUAUGGAGAAGCUCUUCUCUUCGUUAGCGCUUCUGCACUGUUCCACAGUGUUUAGAGGAACGAAAUGGGAAACAGUAACUGGUGCUGGUAAUAGUAACAAGAUUCUGGUACUGGUAUUUGGCAGGGGAAAAUUUGGAUAAAUUCCCCUGUAGAGGUGAUUUGUGUACCCAGAGACCCGAAAGCAGCCCUGGAGGUACAGAGCCUGCAUGCCAAAAGUAGCAGCCUGCUCCCCGGAGGCCGGAGUGCCUGCUGGCUCCAGCGAGGACUUCCACCCACACAGGGCUGUUAGGACGGGACCCGUUUUAUUUUCCACCUCGGUGUGGUCUGUAGGACGGAGCACUUAGCUGAGCCCUCUACAUUUUGUCCUCCCCGUUCUCUGGGGCGUUGCUCCCCGGCACCUUGGCGUUCCCAAUGCCCCUGACAUACGGCUGGGGAAGUUGGCGUACCUUGGAGUUUCCCACACCAUUUCUUAACUGCAUUCAUGCCCGCCACAAAGGAAGUGUGCCUGGCUACAAACCGCAUUAGCAACGCUGCUUGCCUCUGCAUUGUGUUCAGUGGGAAACCUUGCUCCCAAAAGGCCAUCUGGGCAGCACGGAGCAGGAGAGAGGCAACGGGGGUAAGGAGCGGCCCUCCAGACCUGGGAAAGCAGCAGCAUCCUCACGUCGUCCUACAGAGCUAACAUCUGGCCGAGUUUCGGGGGGAAGGCUCUUGCUAAGGCCCUGUUUCAAACACCCAGACCCAGCAUCUCGGGAUCCUAGUAACUUUUCUGUCCAAUAUUCUCUACGGGACCAUAGUAGAUGUGGGUAAUUCAGAAGUCAUUAUCCUUAAUGCAACGUCCACAGGCUCAAUUAACUUUAUACCAGGGGUGAUUUCUAUUACUGUUUUUCUUCGGGAUUUCCAACCAAAGCAGAAGCAGAGCAUCCAUUUUGGGUAACCAGGCAUCUCAUUUGAGUUACUCUUCCAAGAUGGUCAGUAAUUGGCUGAUUCCACCCCUCACAGACUGUGAAACUACAGAGAAAAGUAAAAGCUAUUUUAAAUAUAUGCUUUUAUUUGAGAUACUUUAAAAUCAACGUGUGACACAGAGCAAGGAUGUAGGAACCUCCAUGGAACCACCUGGGGGGAGAUCUUGUAUCUCUAAAGAUACAGGGCCUCCAGCCUUUGUGGUAAAGUGAAUUUCUCAAGGCUGCAGGAGAUUAAAUAAGCAUUCAGCCUGCUCAGCGGCAGGCUUCGGGUCAGUCUGGGUCCUAAUGGGGAAGAAACUUGGAGCACUGGCCCCUCUCGUGCCAAGGGCACGACCGCUGCUGAUCUGGCGAGGCGCUGGCACAACUUUGCCUUGUUGCUGCUUGCCUUCGGACUGGCCAAAUGCGGGGAGCUGAGCUGCUAGGAAAGCUGAUACAGGGAAGGCAUCUGACACUUGUAACACCUUUGUUAGACUAAAACCUGUGCUGCAAGGGGAAAUUAUGACUUCAAGCUGCUUCCUAGCGAGUUAGUCUGGGAAACAGAAAUUGUCCCUAGCAAAGUUGCCAGUGGACCCUGCCGAUUUUGGCGUUGCUACAUUUCUUCUUCGUGCGCUUGAUUAAUGAGCUCGAGCAAUGAGUUACUGCUCAGGAGUUUCUGUUUCAGGGAAUCUCCCCAAGAGGGAUGCACAGAGGGAAAGAUUGGUUUCAGGGGUGGCAUUACAUGGGCUCAGAGAUAAUCCACCAGCUUUGAGGAGAACAUGUGAAAUGGUGUCACAAAAACUUUCCCACAACUUGACAUAAAAGCCUCGGAGCCCAACAGCUGCUGCUCUGUACGGCACGAAGGGAGCCUAUUCAGCAGCAGCACAAUGGGGACGGAGCGGCAGAGCCUGGAGGAGGGCACUGAAGCCUUACCUGGACCUAGAAAUAAAUAAGUUGCAGGGUGAGAGAGAAAUGUAGGCAUGUGUAUGUGCAUUCACGUUAAAAUCUAUCAGUAUAUAGAUGACCACACAUAAAUUAAUGUAAGCACAAACAGGAUUUACUUAGAACCUUUUCCAUUUCACUAAGAGACCCCCAACCAAACCCCAGCAUUACUUUACGGACUUUAUCUGACAAUUACCACUCCUGUCUUGGUUCUUGCAGAGGGGGUACCGAAGCUCACAGGAAGGUGAGCUGCACCGAUGGGGUCUCAGAGCACACAGGGAGUGAAUCUGGGACCAGCGCGACUCUGACACACACACUGCUGGCAGCUUUCUCCGUGCAGGUCAUGGGUGUAGAGGAUGCAUGGAACACGCUGCUGCUGUUCCCUUCUCCAGCUGUUCGCGUGGCUGCAGCUUGUAAAAGCAAGCAGCACUUGCAUGGGCAGGGGGCAGGUUAGGUGCAGGCAGAUCUGGUUCGAGUUUUGCAGCGUGAAUCUCCGGGGGUUAUGGGACGCAGAGAGCAGCACCGUUAACACCCCCAGCUGCAGGCACUGCUGGAGCAGAGGCUGCAUCUCAGUACAGAAACCGACCCCAUGCAAAACAACGAGGAGUCAGGAACUUGAUUUCUAACAAUUUGUUCUGCGCAUAGAUGAAAUAAAGUACUUAGAGCAAAACAGGUUUGGGGGAAGAAGUGAGAAGGCAGCACGUGAGGCUGACCUGAGCCCCAGGCUCAGAUCUUCCUCCUCUCGGAUUGAUCGUGCAGGUGUUUGGAAACAGCAACAUCACGUGCUUGCUGCAGGGCUUGAGAGCAUUCCAAAGAGGUGCCUGAGAUCUUGAGGAAAGAGACCAAAGUUCAAAAUAGGAACUUUUUGGAUAACGGUGUGUAUUUACAGUUAGAUGUAUUGCUGUGCAGUGAGGCAAGCCAGAAAAGCAGUUUUCUGUUUCAUUUGUGCAAAGCGGGUGCCACACUCACCUAGAGCAGCACAACCGAGUGCCUUGCAGUGAGAACAAGGCAGAGGGGCUUACAGAAACCGCUCGUGUGUGCGUGUGCAUCCGCGCACGUGUACGCGUGUGCCUCGGAGCGUCCCUGGAGGGACCUGCACGGAGCUGUCGGGGUCCUGCCACCGGCCUCCGCGCCCCGGCGUGCCGGGAACGCCACUGAUGUGCAGCGGUGCUCAGCAGCCUCUGCCCCGGCUCUUUCCCAGCUUCUGAGAGGUAAUUCGGAUCCCGCUCUUUCACGCCCCACGCACUCCCCACCUGCUCAUCUGGGAGAAGGUCAUUAUCCCCGGGCUAUUCACUGCCAGCCGAGCAUGCAAGAAUAGCAGCUUCUCCCUUUGUGCUGCCCAUCUCUCUGAUUGGCCCUGCAGUGUGGGAAACUCCGCCGAGCCGCAGACCCACAGGCUCUCAGGGAGGCUGCGGGGUAUAAAUACAGGGCAGAGGCAGCUUCCAGCACCACGUUUCUCCGGGACUCCCACUCUGAGACCUUCCCUCCCCUCGGGACAGAUGGCUCCCAGCGCUGUGUUCCUGGAGCCCGACAACCUGCUGACGCCAAAGGAGAAAAACAAACUCAGGAAGCCGGUGGUGGAGAAAAUGCGCCGGGACCGGAUUAACAGCAGCAUCAAGCAGCUGAAGCUGCUCCUGGAGAAGGAGUUCCAGAGGCACCAGCCCAACUCCAAGCUGGAGAAAGCCGACAUCCUGGAGAUGACCGUCAGCUACCUCAAACAGCAGAGCCAGCUGCAGCUGAAGACUGUAGCAUCCUUCCAUAAAAGCUCUCAGUUUGACUUCAGAGAGGGCUACUCUAGGUGUUUGCAAGAAGCUUUCCAUUUCCUCUCUCUUCAUAAAGUCCAAACUGAGACACAGAGCAAGCUCUUAAGUCACUUCCAGAAGAGCCAGGCAGCAGCUCCAGAGGUCGCCUUUUCCCCCAGCAAGCCCAGCGCCCUGAAGCAAGCAUCUGCAAAAGACGCCGGUACUCUCUGGAGGCCCUGGUAGUCAGGGGAGUCCUCGCUCCACGGACCUUUGCCUUUAGAGUCCAGAGGAGGGAUCUGACUGCAUCUGGUAGUCCAGCUCUGAUCCUCUCUCCAGUAGGGAAUAUGAUUUCCCCGUGUAUUUUAUUUAUGUUUGAAAAGAAUGGCAGACAUCUGACUUUCAUGGGAGCCUCUGGCAAAAGUUGAGGCAUUCUGCUGAGUGGCAUUGAAGCUGUGGGUGCUGGUGGCACAGCACCCAGCGCGUUGCCCGGUCAGGGGGCGAUGUCCUCAGACUGAAGGAGGGCGUUUUGUAGAUGUCACAGUUGUGAUGGACGAGAAUUGCUGUAGGAGAGAUUUCUCUAAUGUGACAUGUACAAGCCAUCGGCUUUGCUCUGGCUUGACUAGCAGUGCCUGUUUGCUCAGUCAUGCUGGAGGAUAAAUGUACCACCCUUCUGUUCACCCACACUUGGUUAAAUGUCAUUUCCCCCUGUUUGCUUAUAACUUGUCCUGCAUCACAGGUGGCUUUGUUCUGCCUUGGAUUUCGCUCUAUUGACCCUCUGAAUGUCCUAGUAUAUAAAGUGUGAUGGAUGAACAGGAGGUAGGAAACUAUGUGGAAUAUUUCUACUGUUCUGCUGCUUUUUUCGAUUUAGGAAAAGAGUGUGUUACUGCUUUAUGUUAAAGAAAAGUGGUAGAUAAGAAGCUUGAUUGGUCAAUGUUAUACAUUUUGGGUGUAAGCUAUGCUUUUUCUAUCAUUUUCAUUAUAAUAAUGAUUGCUGUCUGUAUUAAGUGGUGUAAUUCAUGGUGGAUGGUGUUUCUCCCACUAUUGGGACAGCCCUAUGGCGUGCGCGCAUACUGUGUAUGCGUCUCUGGGUUUGUAGAGAGCAAUAAAAUGCAUUUGUGUGCAACUUCUGGCUGGGUCCUGUCUCUGUGGGAUAUGCGGCCACUUGGCCCCCUGAAAACACCACAAUGUCAGCCUUCCAAAGAAGUGGGGCUUCCUGUAAAGUGAAAGGAGCUUACGUUCUUGUCUACUGUCUAUAUUCUCAUGACUCCAUCACCUUUACACCUUGAACCCCCUGAGGUAAGCAGGUGCUGCUCACACGUUGUCCUGGCUGAAUCAUACAGAGCUCCUCCCUAGGCACUGUGCCUCCCAGCCACGCACAACCUCCUCACCUGGGUGGUAAAGCCUCCCACCUGCCCGUCGGGUGGCCCUACAGGCAGCAGCUGGGAUCUGAGUCCUCCUUUCACCUCAUUUCUUUCACCUGGCAUUGAGAGGAAGCAGCCUCAAUCACUGCAGUGCUGGGCACCUUCUAAUGCCUUCCUGUCAUUUCUUCUCUGGGAGCUCAGAGAGAACUUUGUUGUGCUUUGUCAUUUUUGUUUUGUCAUGAGCUUGCUUCCUUGCCUAGCAGUGACACUGCGCUGGUAACGCUUGGUGGUGGUCUGGGAGCUGUAAAAGGCAGGACCUGGAUUCGGGUGAGAGGACCCAGCGAGGGGAGCAGAUCCCUCCCCACAUCGGAGUUGGAGCCUGCUUUGUCGCCAGGUGGCAGCAUGGGAGCAGGAAAGGGUUCCUUUCCUCUCCUGGAAAACAUCAGAAGGGAAUCUGCUUUUCCUGGGUAGAGGAAAAAGAUGGUCAUGCACAGGGCUCCCUGGGUGACUACGUUCCUUUGAAAAUACCUGAAAAGUCAUCACAGCUCUACAGCUGCUGAGGAAAGCGCGAAACCUCAGGUGGGACUUCUCCUUCAACACACUGUUCUCAGAGAAGACGCCGUCGCUGCAGUCUCAGUGGAGUAUGCUGCACAGAGUGCAGACAGGAGGUCACCAGAUAAUGA